UUUGUUAUAUAAACAGCGCAAACUUUAACGACAUGUGGCAAUCGAUGGUUACGCAAUUCAACGACGGAAAAAAGCUCAUCAUGGAUUUAAUUGAUCAAUCAACAAUGGCCUUUGAUCAGCGCCAAGAGCUGUGUACGAAGCUAUCAGUGCUGAAGGACCGCAACGAGAAUGACAAGGUGAUGCAUAUACAGGAAAUGAGAGAAAUGCAGCGUCGCUUGGAGCACGAUGCCAAGUUGCAAAAGUUCUUCGACAUCAAGGGUCAGAAACGAGUCAAUCCCGAACUGGAACAACGUGAGCUGGACAAGAAGCAGAAUCAAAAGGACAACUAUGAGCGCCAGCUAUUUGAGUAUAAAGAGAUAAUUGAAAGAAUUAAACAGCUAUAUGGUGAAGAUGACACUGAACGUCUGGUGGCACAAUUCAAGCGCCAGGAAGAUGAAAACUUUGCGCUCUUCAGCUACGUGAAUGAGUUGAGUCACGAAGUGGAGGUACUAAAUGAUACCACACAGGAUUUAACAGAUCAGAUUGAGCGCCAAAAAUCGGAGCAAACUGAAAAGGAACUGAAACUCAAAACGGAGGCCUUGGAUUAUUUGAAUGACGAACUGGUGCGCAUUGAGCAACUGGCCAAAGAGACUAGCGAAAAGAAACAAAAUCUGAGCACCCGAUUGCAGCAGCUACUCAAGGGUAUUGAGGACAUAUUCAAAUUACUGGCCUGCGAUGAUGCACCCAUACUAAAUGUGCUCAGCUCCAGAACCUUCCUGACCGUCCAUAAUGUGAAGCUAUUCGUUGGGGUCAUUGAGCGUCGUGUGAAUAUAAUUAUUAGUACGAUUAACAUUGAGGAUAACUCCAACAGGAUAUUGGCAAGAAAGGAUCGUGUGCCGAAAUUUAAUAUACGGGAAUCAGCUAAAAUGAGGCAUUAGCUGAAAUCCAGAAAAGGAAAAUGCCAUUAACUAUUUAUUUAAUUAACUUGAAAAUAAUGCACAUAAAUAGAGCAAUCUGAACAAUUGUGACUAAUUUCCUGUUUAAGAUUAAUGCAUUGGACAUUAUUUCAUUAAGUUCAAAUUGAGUAUGCAAAAUAAUAAAUUACAACUUGCAAAAAAAUAAAAUAUAAACAUAAAG